AUUAUUAUUACUAAUUAUUAACAUAACUUUGCAUUUUGGAUUGAUAAAAUGGCUCAAGACCGACACAGACCGGUAGCAUUCUUGGAAGAGCAUUGGUGCGGUGCGUGGCUGUCCGUGUUCGUCGGCCGUGCGUGAAUAACCCGCAGUAUCACACACCGAUAUAUAUAUGUAAAUUUAAAAUAGAACUCAAACCGUUCCACAUACCAACCGGCCUCGGUGACAUAAUUAUUAUAUCAGCUCCGAUCGUAAACAAUAAAGCAAUUUACUUCCUAAGCAAACCAAAUACUGACAUUGUGAAACUCGACUUAAACAUAAGCCGCGACAUGUUCGACUCCAAAAAGUCCUCAAUUAAUGACGAUUAUAAUGACAUCGUUAUACAAUACGUGAAAGGAAAAAUUAAGGGUAUAAUAACACCUAUAAAUAAAUACAAAGUAUUCAAUGUUAAUUAUGGAAGAAACUGCCAUGAUUCAACAGACAUAUUUAGAGAAAAAGAGAAAAGCUUACUAGCGAAUGACUUUAUGGUGGGUCCUCUCGGCGAGGAGGAUAACGGAAAUUGGAUACUAAGUGCCUAUUAUAAAGGAAAUGAUGGCGACUGGAUCGAAGUGUUCCAAGUUAUUACAGUGGAAAUAAGAGAAUCCAUACCGACAUAUCCCAUGAAACCUAUAUUGGAUGAAGGUAAAGAUUUUGAACUACGUUUCGCUUAUCCUGUAAAAAAUCUUCAAAGCUGUCAAAUAACCGCGCCCAGGUCGACGUUUGACAGAUUUUACGACAGAGACAGAAAUAAUUUAGAUUCCUGUGGCUUCACUAUACCGAAUGUGACGAAGGAAGACGAAGGUCUAUGGAGAAUAAUCGGUGUUGGAAACAUAGUGUACGAAGCUAAUGUGUAUUUGAAGAUAAAUAAAAGUUCCUGAUAAAAAAUUCAA